AUGACUACUCAACAAGAAACCUUGACGGAUGGCAACGCCUUGAAACAAUUCGUAGUAUUAGCCAAAUCCUCAAAAGGUAGAGCAAUUGUUUCAAUCAUUGAAAAAGCUUUAAAUCAUCCAAGUGUUUUUGUAUUUGGUGAAUUAUUAGAUAUGCCAAAUGUUCAACAAUUAAAAGAAACAGAAUUUAAAAAUUAUUAUGAUUUACUUUUAAUCUUUGCAUAUGGAUCUUUUAUUGAUUACAAAAAUAAAAAAGAUAGUCUCCCACAAUUGACUCCACAAAUGAUCACAAAGCUAAAACAACUCACUAUUGUAUUUUUAUCAUCAACUUCAAAUGUUAUUCCAUAUUCAGUUUUACAAGAACAAAUUGAAAUUACUAAUGUUAGAGAAUUAGAAGAUUUAAUUAUAGAUUCAAUUUAUCAAAACAUUAUCAAAGGUAAAUUAGAUCAAAAGAAUAAACAUUUAGAAAUCGAUUUUUCAAUUGGUAGAGAUGUUCAACCAGAACAAUUGGAUUCAAUGAUCAACUGUUUAAAUAAUUGGUCAUCAACAUCACAAAAGUUAUUAGAUGAUAUCAGUGGUUUAAUCACUCACUCUGAUAAAGUUCACCUUCAAUAUCGUAAGGAGAAAGAAGAGUUUGAAUCUAAAUUUGAAAUAGCAAAAUUAAAUACUAAAAAUGAUUCACCAGCCGAACAAUUAUACUAUGAUUCAAUGGAAUACUCUGAUGAAGUUAGAAUGAAAAAAGGUCCAAAAAUUAAGGGUAAAGAUUAUAACAAAAGACCAUAA